UUCAUCGCCUUAGCUUGUUCUCCAUUUAAAAAAAAAGAAGUUUUUCUCCAUUUACAAUAUUUAAACAGAUCAUUGAAAAACCUUGGAAAAUGACCCCUGGAGUUUCCAGUUGUCAGUACACUGAAAAUCCUCGGUCCAUCUCCUUUUCUGGAUCAGGGUUCCUGGCCACCUACCAGUUAGGCGUCGCCCAGUGCUUCCUGCAUUAUGCACCCUGGAUAGUACACUGCGCACCGAGCAUCCUUGGCUCAUCUGCUGGUUCUCUGGUAGCAGCUGCUGUGGUUUGUGAAAUGAAUCUAAUUACCAUUCGGGAUGAGAUGAUUCAUUUCGCCAAGGAAGUGAAGUCUUUCACCCUUGGACCACUGAACCCCUCGAUCAAGUUUUUUCACUGGCUGGAAUGUAUUUUAAACAAGCAUCUCCCGUCUAAUGCGCACCAACUGGCCAACGGUCGCCUUGCUGUUACCAUGACCCGUCUGACGGAUGGCGAGCAAAUUCUCAUGUCUGAUUUUGACUCCAAAGAAGAUGUAGUACAGGCACUGCUUUGUAGCUGUUUUUUGCCUGGUUACUGUGGUUUUGUACCUCCAUCAUUCAAAGGAGUAUUCUAUUUGGAUGGUGGCUUAAGCGGCAUUCAGCCUUUAGCGCCUGGAUCCUCCAGUCGCACACUGACCGUGUGCCCGUUUUCUGGAGAGAGUGACAUCUGCCCUGGCGACGCACCAUGUAGGCUGGACGUUGUAACGUGUGGUGCCACUUUAAAGGGCAAUUUGGACAACAGCUUCAGGUUCAUCAAUGCCAUUUACCCAACUUUGGAGAAUAUUGAGGAAGCCUUUCACAGCGGCUACAGAGAUGCUGUUCAUUUCCUUCAGAGUAAUGGGCCACUUAGCGUUAAUCAGAAUAUCACAUGGCUUCAUCUGGAAACCAUGAAAGAUGAAGAGGAGAGGAAGAAGCUGGAAAACGGGACGACCGAGCUGACAUCUUUUAUAGACAACGGAACCAUUCAGAUGAGCGACUCUACCACACAGGAACAAUAUCCUCCUCUCCACUUUGAUACUGUGAAAAACGUGUUGCUGAGCAACGUGAUGACUUAUCUGAACAUGUUUGGACUCCCUGCAAGAAUCCUAUUCUACCUGCUCCUGCCCCUCAUGCUGUUUUAUUAUGCUGUGCUGCAGAACAGGGACAGGCUGGAGUUGCUGUUCAAGCAGAUGCCUGAGCUUCUUCUUUUGACUUGGCACACCAUGAGAGUUUUCACCUUUUUCUUUUUCGAAGGAGCCGUCUCUACCUUCAAGAAGAACAUAAAUGAAAACAUCAUGCCGGUGGCCUGGGUGCUGUGGCAGAAAGACCAGGCACAGUCUGAGGCGUCACAAGGCCGGAGGCCGCCGUCGUCUUUCAAUGAGUUUUCUUCACGUUCAGAGAACGCCAGUGAAAGAUCAUCUCCGGUUUACAAGAAACCCAAAAAACAGUCUUUGUGAAAUACUGUUGUAAACAAGUGAAGUGCAGAUUUAACAUGUUCUAAAGUGUUGAAGAGUUUACAGGAUUGUGAUUUAUGAAAGCUGAGUAAAAUAUCUGUAUCUAUGUUUUCAUACCUGUGAAAUUGUCUUGCUGAGGCAGUGGAGUGCAGACCUUCAUAGUUGGCAUAGUUUUGUCAUUAUUGGUUCUUUAACACUCAACGUUGUCCUGGAUGUAGAAUCCUUUAAAGCAGCGGUCUCCAACCUUUUCUGCACCACGGACCGGUUUAUGCCCGACAAUAUUUUAAUGGACCGGCCUUUAAGGUGUCGCGGAUAAAUACAACAAAAUAA